AUGCGCCAAGCAUGCUUCGACCAUUUAAGCCUCGGAGGUAUUUUUUCAACUGGACCAGUGGCUUUGCUUUCUAGUCUAAACCCUCGCCCUUUGAGUUUAGUUCUCCAUUUCUUUGCUGUGGCAAUAUUUGGUGUUGGUCGCUUGCUAGUACCAUUUCCUUCCCCUAAAGGCGUUUGGAUUGGAGCUAGAUUAAUUUUGGGUGCAUCAGGUAUUAUUUUCCCCAUCAUCAAGGCAGAUGGAGUGAGGCAGAUGUUUUUCCCUGCAACUGUUCCUGCUGUUUACAGAGCUCCUCCUGUUGAUUGAUAAAUCAAAGAUUAUAUGGCAAUAAUCUAUGCAAACUGUUCCACUCAAAAAAAGAGACAUUGGACAUUUAUUUAGAGUUCAUAGGGUGGCUCAAAAUAAUUCUGCAAGUGUGAUAUUAGAUGAUGUAAUCUUUGCUAGAUGUAGCAGUGAAAUUGCUAAAUGCUUAGUUUAUUGGUGAUUGCAUGAUAAAAUUCAAAAGGUAACCAAACCCGUAUCUUGAUA